AUGUUCAGCGGGCACUCUCUUGUGGAGCUCUCUGCGGAUGAGUUUACGCAAAUCACUGAAAACUCUGAUAGCUCGGUGAAGUCGCUGAAGGAGCACCUGUCAGGCAUCAUCAGCCAGCCCAGGUUUCGCCAGAAGUUGCUCUGCAAAGGUAUUGUCCUAGAGGAUGAUGCAGUUGUCGAGAUACCCACAAGCUUGGUUCUCGUGGUGCUAACAUUUUUUCCCGCUGACGACAACGAACGUCGCUGCUUGCUGGAUGCUGUGACUGAAGACCAAGCAUGGGCUGUGGAGCGCCUCCUGCAGCGACCGCUUGACCCUGAUGUAACCCUGGAAUCUGGCGAGACGGCCUUGUGGCAUGCUGCAGCCUGCAAUAGCCUUCGCUGUGCGCGUUUGCUGAUUGAAGCCGAUGCGGACAGCAACAGUGUGAGUCUGCGGGAUGGCCGCUGCCCUCUUCACGUGGCGGCACAGAUGGACCACAUCGACAUGAUGCACCUCCUGAUUGAAGCACGCGCAACCGUCGAUGCAGAGAACGAGACGUUUGCAACACCCUUGCUUGCUGCGGUGAAUCACGGGCGGACGGAGGCAGUUCGUGCGUUGUUGCAGUGGAGAGCCGAUGUAGACUUUGCAGACAGCAGAGAUGGACGGACUGCUCUUCUGGAAGCCUCCAGCCGGGGUCAUUAUUUACUGGUGCGCAUUCUGCUCGAGGCCAGGGCGAACCCUGACAACGCCUUCACACAGGAUGGCUCCACGCCAGCGUGUGUGGCUGCCUACCAUGGCUUCUCCAAUAUAGUCCGAAUCUUGAUAAAGUGGAGGGCGGAUGUCACUGCAGCCCGAACUUCUGACGGAUCUACGCCCCUGUCUCUGGCUGCCUCGUUAAACCAUCUGGCAAUUGUGAAAAUGCUCCUGGCCCUUGCAGCCCGUGAUGGCCAGAAGGUGUCUGAGUUUGGCGCAAGCGCAAUGCACGAUGCGACUCGUUUGGGCAACCCAAAGGUUGUCAAACUGCUGCUACAGGCCCGGGCAGACCUUGAUGAAGCUGAUCGAGCUCCAUUGCCAAUAGCUGCACGUCUGGAACAGAUCGAGAUCGUUCGCAUCUUGCUGGAAGAGCAUGCAAAUGUAGAAUCCGAAAAUCCCAAGGGCGUAACCCCCUUGAUUGGGGCCGCUUACACCGGCAGGCUCGAUGUAGUUCAGGCGCUGCUACAAGCAAAGGCUAGCCUGAACACACCAAACAGCACAGAUGGGCGAACACCUCUGCUGGAAGCUGCCUGCCGAGGGCACGCAACACUGGUCCGUGUCCUGCUUGAGGCCAGGGCUGAUGUCAACAGAGCCUUCAGCGAGGACGGUUCCACACCAAUCUGUGUCGCCGCAUACCACGGCUUUGUGGAUGUGGUUCGCACCCUGACCUUGGCAAGGGCAGAUCUAGGUACAGAACGGUCAUCCGAUGGCUCCACGCCACUGUGUGUGUCAGCCUCUUUGAACCAUGUGCAGGUUCUCAAGGUGCUUCUGGCUUCCGCAGAUAAGGCAGGCCAGAACAUGUCUGAAAUCUGCAUCGCAGCGAUGGACGCGGCUGCCAGCCAAGGACACGUCAAGAUAGUAAAGAUGCUGAUCCAAGCUCGGGCCAGUCUGAAUGAAGCAACUUGUGGUGAGUCUCCGCUUUUCGUGGCCGCCAGUUGCGGUCACUUGCCAGUGGCUCGCGUGCUGCUGGAGGCAAGAGCCGAGGUGCACAGAUCACGAACCUGUGACGGAGCCACCCCGCUCAUCGCUGCCAUUCUGGAGGGGAACAAGGCCAUAGUGCGCUUCUUACUCCAAAAUGGAGCAGACAAGAACGAAAAGCGCUCUGACGGCGCUUCUGCGUUGCAUUGCGCGAUUCUUUCUCAAAGCCCGGAUAUAUUACGUCUCUUGCUAGACGUGCGUGCGGAUAUAGCAGCUACUCGUGCAUCUGAUGGAUAUACCCCUUUCUUUGUUGCUGUUGCAAACAGUCGUGUUCCGGAAGUGCGUAGCUUGCUAGAAGCACGGGCAGAGGUUGACUCACGUCGAAGCAAAGACGGUGCAACGCCAUUGUUUGUGGCCGCCAGCUGCGGGCAUCCAGAAAUGGUACGGGUGUUGCUUGAAGCAGCUGCAAAUGUUUGUGCGGAGCGCAGUGAUGAUGGCACCAGCGUUUUGAUGGCGGCGAUUUGCUCUGAUGUUCGUGAUGUCACACGCUUGGUGCUUCUUGGUCGUGCGGAGAUUGAGAAGGAAGGUUCAGAACCCGCGGCAACGCCGUUGUAUAUUGCAGCUGAGCUUGAUCGGCCCCUUCAACUCCAUGUCCUGCUUGAGUAUCUUGCUGACGUUGAUGGCGCUCGACGCUCAGAUGGAGCAACACCAAUCCUCGCGGCUUCGUAUCAUGGUUUUUCUCAUGUUGUGGCCUUUUUAAUCGAGUACGGUGCUGACGUGAACAAGGCCCGGACAACUGACGGCGCAGUACCUCUCACUGUUGCUUGCGAGCAUGGGCACUUGAACGUCACGCGGCAGCUUUUGGAAGCUGGUGCCAUGAUGAAUGUUGCUCGUUGGGGCGAUGGAGCAACUCCAAUGAUUUUUGCUGCUCAAAACGGCCACAAGCAAGUGUUGCGUUUGCUUCUCGCUGUCAAUGCAGAUGCCAACCUAGCACGCACAAGCGACAGUGCUACACCUCUGGCUCGUGCCAUUUACAAAGGGCACACAGGAAUUGCGAAAAUUCUUGAAGUAUUUCUGCUUUUUAAGAAUGCACACGGCUGUUAA